AUGUUGUAUAAAAUCUUUACCCCGGUUAACUUCGCCUCAAAGGUCCUUCAAAAGAAAAAUAUUGAAGUAAGUGAAUCUGUGACUGUUUUAGAACAAGUAGAAAAGAACCUUACUGAAUUAAGAUCUUCUUAUGAAAUUUUAGUGAUUGAAGCUACGGAACUGGCUAACAAAUGGAAUAUAUAA